UUGACUCCUGAGAAAUUUUAAAUACAUAACUCCUACUCAUCGAGAAAUGUUUGAACAAUAUUUAUUUUUUAAUAUUCUGGCGUUGAAAAGACUGCUGCUUGCUUUUAGAGCCACACUACAAUACCCAUACUGCCUCGCUUACAUAUUAGAGGGGAGAGGUGAGUGACCCGAGUAGGAGAGCAGUCUGGAACUAUAGAACUGCCCGUGCAAGCGUGGUCUGCUGCUUUUGAUAUGUCGGAUCCGGCAGUGCAAACCUUGCAACCGCGGCUGCUCCAAGCCCAAACUAGUGGAUCGGCCACUGCAACGGUGGGGUCUGCAUCAGGAAAUACUAGUGACCCUGUCAGACCCGGCCUCAGCCAACAACAACGUGCGAGUCAGAAGAAAGCUCAAGUCCGUGCUUUCCCACGGGCGAAAAAGCUUGAAAAACUCGGCGUUUUCUCCGCUUGCAAGGCUAGUGACACAUGUAAGUGCAAUGGCUGGAAGAAUCCCCAUCCACCAUCAGCCACCCGCAUGGACCUGCAGCAGCAAGCGGCGAGCCUGAGCGAGUCCUGUCGCAGUUGUGGACAUGAUCUGGCGGACCAUGUGUCCCACCUGGAGAACGUUUCGGAGGAAGAGAUCAACAGGCUGCUGGGGAUGGUUGUGGACGUGGAGAAUCUCUUCAUGUCUGUGCACAAGGAGGAGGACACAGACACCAAGCAGGUCUACUUCUACCUCUUCAAGCUGUUGAGGAAAUGCAUCUUGCAGAUGAGCCAGCCCCUGGUAGAAGGAUCAUUGGGAAGCCCCCCAUUUGAAAAGCCCAACAUAGAGCAGGGAGUGUUGAACUUUGUUCAGUACAAGUUCAGCCACCUGGCACCAAAGGAGAGGCAGACCAUGUUUGAGCUCUCCAAGAUGUUUCUCUUGUGCCUCAACUACUGGAAGCUGGAGACGCCCACGCAGUUCCGCCAGCGCUCCCAGAAGGAUGAUGGCACUGCCUAUAAAGUGGACUACACCAGGUGGCUGUGUUACUGCCAUGUCCCCCAGAGUAACGACAGCCUGCCACGCUAUGAGACCACCCAGGUGUUCGGCCGCAGCCUCCUCAAGUCCAUCUUCACGGUGACCCGGCGUCAGCUCCUGGAGAAGUUCAGAGUGGAGAAGGACAAGCUCCUGCCUGAGAAACGCACUCUCAUCCUCACACAUUUCCCCAAAUUCCUGUCCAUGCUGGAGGAGGAAAUUUAUGGAGAGAAUUCUCCCAUAUGGGAGGCAGACUUUACCAUGCCUGCCUCAGACGGAGCACAGCUGGGCCACCAGACAGUGAUCAGCCCAGCUGCAGUGUCUGGCUCGCCCUCCUUUACCAAGGGGAUGAGCAGUGGCUCCUCGCUGGGCAGCUUGGGGCUGGAGGCAGGGGCUGCAGAGCCCCCUACAGGGGAGAAGAGGAAGUUGCCGGAAGCUCUGACCUUGGAGGACGCCAAACGUAUCCGGGUCAUGGGUGACAUCCCUAUGGAGCUGGUGAAUGAGGUCAUGAUGACCAUCACUGACCCAGCUGCCAUGUUAGGGCCAGAGACAAACCUCCUGACUCCUAACGCUGCCCGGGAUGAGACUGCCAGGCUGGAGGAGAGGCGGGGCAUCAUUGAGUUCCAUGUCAUUGGGAACUCACUUUCCCAGAAGUCCAACAAAAAGAUCCUGAUGUGGCUGGUGGGCCUUCAAAAUGUGUUUUCCCACCAGCUACCCCGGAUGCCUAAAGAGUACAUCACACGGCUAGUGUUUGACCCGAAGCACAAGACCCUGGCUCUCAUUAAAGAUGGCCGUGUGAUAGGGGGCAUCUGUUUCAGGAUGUUCCCCACGCAGGGAUUCACAGAAAUAGUCUUCUGUGCUGUCACAUCCAAUGAGCAAGUCAAGGGCUAUGGAACACACCUGAUGAACCACCUGAAGGAGUACCACAUCAAACACAGCAUUCUCUACUUCCUUACGUAUGCCGACGAGUACGCCAUUGGCUACUUCAAGAAGCAGGGUUUUUCCAAAGACAUAAAAGUGCCCAAGACACGUUACCUUGGUUACAUCAAGGACUACGAGGGGGCCACUCUCAUGGAGUGUGAACUCAACCCCAGGAUCCCAUACACGGAGCUCUCACACAUCAUCAAGAGACAGAAAGAGAUCAUUAAGAAGCUUAUAGAGAGGAAGCAGAGUCAGAUCAGGAAGGUGUACCCCGGCCUCACCUGCUUCAAGGAGGGGGUACGACAGAUCCCCGUGGAGAGCAUUCCAGGCAUACGAGAGACAGGAUGGAAGCCUAGUGGAAAGGAGAAAGGGAAGGAGCUGAAGGAUCCAGACCUGCUGUAUAACAUGCUGAAGAACCUCCUUGCCCAGAUCAAGACUCAUCCAGACUCCUGGCCAUUUAUGGAACCAGUGAAGAAGUCGGAGGCUCCAGACUACUACGAGAUCAUCCGCUUCCCCAUCGACCUGAAGACCAUGACCGAGAGGCUGAAGAACAGAUACUACGUGACCAAGAAACUCUUCAUCGCAGACCUGCAGCGCAUCAUCACCAACUGCCGCGAGUACAACCCCCCCGACAGCGAGUACUGCAAGUGCGGCAACACCCUGGAGAAGUUCUUCUACUUCAAGCUGAAAGACGGAGGCUUGAUCGAGAAGUGAUUCCGGGGGGUUGCGCAGCUUUUGUGUGUGUUUGGGGGAAGAUGAUGUAUGUUAUCGAUGAUUGAAGGGAUAAUGUGGUUUAGGAAACGGCGUUCCAGAAGAAAAAUGGUGUUUGCCAGUAAGUGUCAAAACGUUUUUGUGCACCCUCUCCGUUCUGUACCCCUUUAAGUUUUUCCCUCUUCACUCCCACUCUGCGUGGUUUCGAAUCCCAGCUCAGUCUGACGAGCUCAGUUUACGUAAGUCAAUCAAGGACUAAGACUGAAUACAUAUUGCAAUUGAUGUACCAAAAUGACUGGUCCCAUUGUAGCAUAAAUCAUCAAAACUAGAUUUCUUCCUCUUCAUGUGAGUUACCCUCAAGUUGCAGGGCAGCCUUUCCCCAGGGCUGUUUCCCCCCCAUCAGAGUUAGGAGAGGGUCCCGGCGGCCCUUCAGUACGACUGACGAGGCGACCAUGGCUCCUGAAUGCACAGACAGAUGAGUGCUUUAUUUAGGUAAUCAUUGUUACUUUCACAGGAUACUGGAUCUAAGGACCUAAGCCGCUGUUGCCUUCUGUUACUGACAUACACUUGAAAAGAGGCCAAUGUACUUCUAAGGUAUUACUGCAAAGAGCCCAAGAGCAAGGGCAUGGUCAGAUCCAGCUUGACCUCAGACAGACAAGUCCAAAAUCCACGAUCAUAUUUGUUCUGUGGGGAUAAUGAUUAGAGAGCUACAGUAAAACGUGUACUGUAAUUGAAGUGUUUAGAUUCACUUUUCUUUCGCAAGUAUUGGCCAGUAUGUGGUUUUUGUGUUAAAUAGAUGUACAGGGGACAAAAUAUAGGUCGUAGAAGGUGUGGAUUCAAAUAUUUAUUUUUCCGGAUGGUUCCAAAAUCCCAAAAUGGUGGGAUCCAAACAUGACUGUAAAAAACAAAACAAAAACACGUUUCUACUUCCCCUGGUUGUUCUGCCCAACCCUCUGUGUUCACCCUGUCGUCCUGCUGGUUGUGCUGUUGCGAUUCUUGACGCACAAAACGUUUCGGGUUGUGUUUCUACACUCCAUACUCACUGACUGCAUUGCUGCGUGGUGGAGAUCAGUGUAUUUAUACAAUACAGAUGUUAUAUCUAAUUUAAAAUGACCAUGGCCUAAUGCCACACAACACGUAACAAUCGGGUCAGUGAUUGUAGUCCUCGUCAAAAGCCUUGUUCGCUGUUAUCUGCCAGACGCUAAUUGGAAGUGACUUGUCUGUAGCGACUGAGCCUGCUUGCUGAGUGUCCACUGAACUGUGUGUGUGUCUGUCUGUGUGUUCAUUUUGUACUUGAAUCAUGACUUGCUUCGAGCAACUGAAGUGAUGUCAACGUUGCGUUUUUCAGGGUUGUCAGUUAUGUAUCCCUCAAUCUACCUAUGCUGCAUUUAAAACCUAAAAUAUGGAGUCAGAGUGAAAUGUUAUGACUGAGGACUGCUACAGUUUCAUUAGUUAUGGUUUGAAAGCUAUUUACUGUAAUAUUGUUAAUUGAAAUAAAGAUCUUUUAUAAUAAAAUAAUAGUUUUCAUGUUAGCUGGAACAUAUCA